AUGGAGAACGCCGAUAACACCUUCGACCCAAUUAUAGGACGAAUCAAGGAGCUGAGGGACGUCCCCAUCCGCAAAGUCCAAGUAGAUCUGUUGUCGGCACUUAGCACUGUCCUUAAAGACGAGGGAAUGGAGGGUCUUUUGUUGGAAGCUCAAAUUCGGAGAGGAGACCUUGCUUGCAAGAAAAGGAAUGAAGAAAUCCCAAUUUCUGUGUUGGGCAUAAUUGAAUACUGUGCGAUCAUGAUCAGUAGGAAGAAGUUUGAAAAUAGCAUGGCAGAGCUGACUCCCACAGCUCGUUGGAGUUACGUCCUAUCUAUGCUAUUGGAAUAUACAGUAUACUUGGACCUCGGGGAGCUCGCCUGCAAGGCGUCGCAACAAGAUAUCACGCUGCAGGAACGGUUUUUCGGUCCUGUAUACAACAACCAAUCGCCUGGCCAAAAAAUCAACAUGUUGCUGAGGGUCGUGGAGAGCAGCUCCGGAGAUAAACCCCUGAUCGAAAUAGGGUGCAACGAGCACAAGGCCACCCGUGUCGAUCCAGAGACGGUGCAUCUCCAGGCCUUAAAGAGUCAUCGCAUCAAUGGCUCCAUCCUCGCCCGGCUCGAAGAACAAGGUCUCAACACAGAUACCGCCUUCUCCAUCUAUCUCGAUGCCCACGGAGAGAACGGCAAUACUGGCCAAGGAAGUGCUGCGUAUGAGAGCAUAGAGGCUUCUGAAGAAGAGAUGCGGGACACCGUCGCCUCCGAGGCGCAAGACUCCAAGCGUUUACACUCCAUGAAAAGAAUACAGGCCACCUCCUUGCUUACCGCGUACUGUACAGCAAACUCUUAA